UUUGUGUUGCCCGCCACCACCACCGCUUUUCGCAGUCUCUUUCUCCCCCUUCACGUCAAGAAAGACCCGGCAGCAUUUCAGACUUGCUUUCGAGCCGACCGAGAGAAGACGCUUCGCGAGCGCAAGGUGCAUCCGUAUUUAGUUCGCAUAUUAUCGCAGUGCUUCCAAGAAGAAGAAAAAAAAACCACCCUUGCCGCGAGGGUGCGGUGACCAUGCGAGUGUGGUGAUCCGGAAGAGUGAGGACACGUUUAUAUAUCUCAAAACCAGUGCGUAGCCGACGGACAGCUUCAAAAUUGGCCCCCAACAAGCCGACCAAAAAUCUACCUCCAUGAGAUUCGAGCAGAGUGACGUAGUUUCGCCCGAAACUUCGCCGACGACGAUGGCUGCGUACCACCCCUUCCUCUUACAGAGGCCGACGGACUUCAGCGUUAGCUCGCUGCUAACCCAGCCGCAGUACUUCCCUUCGGCGAACCCGCACUACCCUGGCUCCCUGCUGCCCAAACUACCUCACAUGCCAGGCCACCCCGCGUCCGCCGGCGCCUCCUACGAAGAAGUCCUCGCCGCGCAACAGGCGGCCGCGGCCGCCGCCGUGGCCGUCGCCACGGCCGGCGGCAACGGCCCCGGCUCCACCGUCCCCAGACCCCUGCGCGCCAUCCAGCCCGAGGAGGACGGCGUCGUCGACGACCCCAAAGUCACCCUCGAGGGCAAGGACCUGUGGGAAAAGUUCCACAAACUCGGCACCGAAAUGGUCAUCACCAAAUCUGGCCGACAAAUGUUCCCGCAAAUGAAAUUUCGCGUGUCUGGUUUGGACGCCAAGGCGAAAUACAUUCUGCUGCUGGACAUUGUUGCCGCCGACGACUACAGAUAUAAGUUCCACAACAGUCGCUGGAUGGUGGCUGGCAAGGCUGACCCCGAAAUGCCCAAAAGAAUGUACAUUCACCCCGACUCCCCAUCCACCGGCGAACAGUGGAUGCAAAAAGUCGUCUCCUUCCACAAACUCAAGCUGACCAACAACAUCUCCGACAAACACGGCUUCGUCAGCACUACGAUCCUCAACUCGAUGCACAAAUACCAGCCAAGGUUCCACCUGGUCAGGGCCAACGACAUCCUCAAACUGCCCUACUCCACCUUCAGGACGUACGUUUUCAAAGAAACCGAAUUUAUUGCAGUCACUGCAUACCAAAAUGAAAAGAUAACUCAGUUGAAGAUCGACAACAACCCCUUCGCCAAAGGCUUUAGAGACACGGGUGCUGGAAAACGCGAAAAAAAAAGACAGGCGUUAUUGGCAGCUCAAAGGCACCAGGAAGAAGCGCAAAGGCUGGCCGAUCACCGCAAACACCGGUCGUCCGUGGCCGCCGACUCGUGCACCGACCCCGAGGACGAGCGCGUGGACGUGGUUGGCACCUCCGAGCCGUCGUCGCUCCUCCACCCGUCGCCGCACCACCCACACUUAGGACACCCCCAUCUCGGACCCCACUUGGGCCACCAUCUACACCCCAGCUUCCCCCAACACCCUGGUUGGUUCACUCUGCCCACCACCGACCCGAGCAGUAGUUCCUCAGAGCAAGAAUCUCUUCUGCGGCGGACACGUUGUGAGGACAUGGACAGUGCGGAAGUGAGCGACAGCAGUUCCGAGUCGGGCAGCACCGCGCAGGCGUCGUUCACCAAGCCCUCGCCGUCGAAGGACCCCCUGCCGGGCACCUCGUCCUCCGACUACCCUAGUCCCAACAUCUCAGUUGGGCCCCCAAUCCACCCCUCACCCCACCUGCUGCCCUACCUCUACCCCCACGGACUUUAUCCCGGGCACCACAUGCACCAGUUGCUGGGCCAACACCCACCCCCGUUGUCGUUGUUCACGGGGGCAGGGGCGCCCCCGGGCAUUCACCCCCAGCUGCUGUUCAACGCGCAGCUCGCCCUGGCGGCGCAACACCCCCUCUUCGGCCACGCCUACCCUGGACUGGGGUCAGCGCUGGCCUCGUCUACCUCGCCGACCUCGGGGGGUGCGGGACCCCUGCUCUCUGAGAGGCUCAAGGCGGCGCACCGUUUCGCCCCUUACGGCCCCGUAACCAGCACCCCCAGUGCCACCACGCCCAGCUCUACCCUGUUGGGAACCUCCCCUCUCGGCUCAGCCUUUGAAACAGUCACCCCUGGCUCCCACCACAGUCCUCGCCACUCUCCCCGACCGACGUCGACGGACUCGGCCAAGCCAGCCAUCGUCACCCCCACCCCAAUCACCCCCAAAGUCGUAGCGGGCUCACCCGCCAGCAGUCCAACGCCGGUGGCGCCGUCCGACGGCAAGCCGCUCAACAACAACAGCAAGUCACCGCCGCCGAUCAGCAGUGACCUCAAAAGCAUUGAGAAAAUGGUGAACGGCCUGGACAAGGGCGGCGGCGACGAAAAGGCCGAAAAGUGAAGAAGCACAAACUCUCUCUUACUCUCUCGUUGGGACUUAUUGCCUUGUGUAUAAAGUGUAAAUAUCGUACAUAGUAAAUUCACAACACACACACAAACUGAGAAAUAAUAUAAUAUUUGCUGACUUUGUUGAAAAAUGUCUCGUGCUAAUUCUUUGUAUGUUCCUCAUUGCUGUAGACAAACAGAAGCUACUUCAAAUUAGAGUUAUUAUAUCAUUCAUUCAUCGCGAAUGAAGAAAAAAACGUAAAAAAAAAUAUGAAAUUGCCUUAGGGCAAUUGAUUUUACCAUGAAUGUGCAAGGGUACGUUUCAAAUAGGCGCGCGCUGUCUCGAAACCUACAUCCAUAGUUGAAGGAAAGUGAUAAUUUAUUAAUUAAAUUAAAUAUUAUUACAAUAAAUUCCAACUCGUCCCCCUGGAUUUAUUUGUUGUUGUCCACAUUUCUUCUCAAUCAGAGUGAAAACUAUUAUAACAAAAUGAUUUUUGAGUCGCUGUAACAAUCCUUAUUGACAUUAUAAUUGAUUAAUUUAAUCAACUGCUGCAUUACUUGUUUUUGUUUUGUAUAAAUUUUGCCAUACCAAAGAUUAACAUUUAUAUUCGUGAGAUUUAUAGAAUUUUAUUUUAUUACGCCGAAUUAUGUUACAGAGUUUAACGAAGCAAUCAAUGUAAAAUACAACAGUGACAUAUCCCCGGGAAUUCUGUAUUUUCAAUCACAAAAAUUAUAAAUCAGCAAAGCGUAGAAGAAGAAAAUCGGCACACACGUAAUUUAAUUUCGCGGAGAAUAAAGAUUAGGUUGUUUUUCAAUCACCACACUCUAUUGCAUUAAUUAGCAUGAUUGGAUCGACUAUAAUUAUAAAGAUUUUACGAAACCUGUCAAUAAGGCGAAAUAAAUGAAUUGAUGUGCAAUCUCUCUCUCUUCUUGAUUUUCAUGAUCUGAUGUCUUAAUAAGCAAUAAUUAUUAUUCGGACGUGAAUUCUAUCUCAUUAAAGAAAGAAACUAUACCCACAAUAUUAUUAUUACUAGCAAUUAGAGAGCAGUGAGGAUGCUGACGAGUUAAUGUUUGUUUUGUACAUGUUCAUGGUUUAUUACUCUCUUAUGAACCCAUUAUACAUAAAAAAUGCUAUAUACUUAUAGAAAAUAAAGAGCAUUAUACUGAAAAG